AAAUAUGUGAUAGGUGUUGUUUAUGGCUUUUCUUUAUUAUUUAUUCAUUCUUCUGGCAUUAGAAUUUUCUUGGUCUUCAUUCUGUUGGCCAAAACUCUUUUUCAUGCCUAAUUUAUCCAAAUUUAAGAAUUUUUAGGAUUUGGGUCCUGGUUAAUUUCCUUUCUUUAGCUUAAGAAAGGAAUUGGGUUUUGUUGUCUGGACCCUUUCUUAUGAGUCCUGUGAUCUUAAGUCCAGAUUAUUGUUUUUAGCCCCUGCUAUUGGCCACGACACUAUUUCGUCCCACCUAUAGUGAAAUUUAAGUGUUCUCAGGAUUUCUUUUUUGUAACUCGGGUGUCCGGGCCAGUUUCUGCGCACCUUGACUAAUCCUCGGGGGCCAAUCCCACCGCUCAGUUGCUAGGAGAGUUCUCAGAAUUUCUUUAAGUAAGAAAGGAAUUGGAUUUCGGUGUUGAGACACUUUUUUUCUCAUUUACCUGUAUUAUUGGUGGUCUUCUCGGGAGAAGGCUUGUUGUAAGUCUCCUUCGGUUGGAGAACUAAUAGCAUCCGUGUGAGAUGUUGAGGCAGUGGUGGUGGAUCUUGGUGAGAUGAGGGAUGUUAUCAAGGUUGAUAAACUUUUUAAGGGCUUGCUGGUGUCCGUUAUCUGACCUAUCCGCACGUAAUAGUUCAGAUGUAGGUGGUAAACAAGAAGGGCUCCUAUGGUACAAAGACACCGGGCAGCACUUGAAUGGCGAAUACUCCAUGGCAGUUGUCCAGGCCAACAAUUUGCUUGAGGACCAGAGCCAGAUUGAGUCUGGCUGCUUGAGCUUGCUGGAUAGUGGGCCGUAUGGAACCUUUAUUGGAGUAUACGAUGGUCAUGGUGGGCCUGAGACCUCACGCUACAUCAAUGAUCACCUUUUCCCGAAUCUCAAGAGGUUUACUUCCGAGCAACAGUCUAUUUCAGUGGAGGUGAUUAGGAAAGCAUAUCAAGCAACAGAAGAAGGGUUUCUCUCUCUUGUUACUAAACAGUGGCCUAUUAAACCUCAGAUUGCAGCUGUUGGGUCUUGCUGCCUGGUUGGUGUGAUCUGUGGUGGGACCCUUUACGUUGCCAACCUUGGUGAUUCUCGCGCUGUUAUGGGGAAACUUGUCAAGGCAACUGGAGAGGUUAUUGCCAUCCAGCUGUCAGCAGAGCAUAAUGCAAGCGUAGAGUCUGUCAGACAGGAGUUGCAUUCUUUGCAUCCAGAUGACCCUCAGAUUGUAGUUCUAAAGCAUAAUGUAUGGCGCGUAAAAGGCUUGAUACAGAUUUCUAGAUCAAUUGGUGAUGUUUACCUGAAAAAGGCUGAAUUCAACCGGGAGCCUUUGAUUGCUAAGUUUCGCCUUCGUCAACCUUUCGAAAGACCAAUACUGAGCUCCGAACCAUCAAUUUCUGUGCAUGAACUUCAACCAGAUGAUCAAUUUCUCAUAUUUGCAUCUGAUGGUUUAUGGGAGCAUCUUAGCAAUCAGGAUGCAGUAGAUUUAGUACAAAAUCACCCCCGCAGUGGAAGUGCUAAAAGGCUUGUGAAAGCUGCACUGCUAGAAGCAGCUAAGAAAAGAGAAAUGAGGUACUCCGAUUUGAAGAAGAUCGAACGUGGGGUCCGGCGGCACUUCCAUGAUGACAUUACCGUCGUGGUUGUGUUUCUUGAUUCAAAUCUUGUGAGCCGAGCCAGCUCCCUUAAAGGCCAUACCGUGUCGUUGAGAGGGGGUGGUGUACAUCUACCUGCAAAAACUUUGGCCCCAUAUUCUACAGUUACAGAAAUCGCUACUACUUAAAUGAAAUCGACUUUUUUCGUCUACUAGAAUAUCAUCCUUCUUCAAAUAACUUGUGAAUUCCAUUCGCAGAUUCACGAGCGAUAAAAGAAGGUUCUCACUAGGAUUUUAUUCUUUGUAUGUUCAAUGUAACAUUUAACUUGGGACUGGUAUCUUGCUGAGUUUCUGAUAGAGGAAAAAGAUAAAUGUAAGAAUCAGGGAAAAGGGGGUUCUAAGGAGAGAUUUCUUUAUGGAAAGACUAUCUUAUUUCUA